AUGACGCGCUACCUGAGGCAUGGCGGAAGGAGGACCCUCAGCCGCUUGAUCUGCUUCCCGAUCGCCCUCUACUGCCUCAUCCGUCUACUCCUCUUUUUUUCCUUCCGGUCUAGUUCGCCGGCGACUGCGUUGUCUCUCUUCUCCUUCGCCUCCAGUCGCUGCGACGGCCGCUACGUCUUCAUGCACGACCUGCCUCCCCGCUUCAACGCCGACCUCCUCCGCGACAAUUGCGCCCUCAGCCCUUGGGUCGGCGACGCCUGCCAUUUCGCCGACAACGGCGGCUUCGGCACCGAUCUCGGCGACGGAUGGUACGUCACCAGCCAGUUUGCGCUGGAGUUCAUCUUCCACGACCGCAUGCGGCGGUACGAGUGCCUCACCGGCGACCCCGCGCGCGCCGCCGCCUUCUUCGUCCCCUUCUACGCUGGGGUCGAGAUAUUGCCCCACCUCUGGGGGACCAACACGACGGUGCGCGACGCAGUGGCGCUGGACCUCGUGCGGUGGCUGCGGGCGCGGCCGGAGUGGGCGGCGAUGGGCGGGAGGGACCAUUUCAUGGUGGCCGGAAGGAUUACGUGUGAUUUCAGGAGGCAGUCGGAAGAGGACGGCGAUUGGGGCAGCAAGCUGUUCUGGCUCCCGGAGCUCCAGAACAUGACCACGCUGCUGAUCGAGUCGAGCCCUUGGCAAGAAAACGACGUGGCGAUUCCAUACCCCACCUACUUCCACCCUUCCACGGCCGGCGAGCUCGCCGCGUGGCAGAACAGAGUCCGGCACCAGAAGCGGCCGUGGCUCUUCUCCUUCGCCGGCGCGCCGCGCCCGAACAACACCGACAUCGCCCGCGACGUCAUCAUCGAGCAGUGCCGCGCCUCGCCUCUGUGCAAGCUCCUCGACUGCGCCGGCGACAACGCGCACGAGUGCUUCUCCCCGCGCCGGAUCACCGAGCUGUUCAGCAGCUCCGUCUUCUGCCUCCAACCUCUCGGCGACUCCUACACCCGGCGCUCCGCCUUCGACGCCAUGGUCGGCGGCUGCAUCCCGGUCUUCUUCCACCCGGGCUCCGCCUACGUGCAGUACGUCUGGCACCUGCCGCGGGACUUCCGCAACUACUCUGUUUUCAUCCCGAUGGAGGAGUUGAAGCCGGGGAACGGAGCGAUCGAGCGGGCGCUGUCUCGGAUCUCGCCGGAGCAGGCUUCGGCGAUGAGGGAGGCGGUGGUGGGGAUGAUGCCGAGUCUGGUGUACGGGAACAAGAGAACUACUGGAGAGGAGGGGGAAUUCAAGGACGCGUUCGAUCUGGCGGUGGAGAAAGUGAUCGAGAGGGUGGAGAAGAGGAAGAGGGACACAAAGCAAGGGAUCGAGCAGGAUGCAUCGGACGAAAGUUAUAACUGGAAGAAGGCGCUGCUCAACGGAGGUGUGGGAUGGGAACACUACUUCAACCAAAAAUGA